AUGUUAAGGCAGUUGCUGUCCAGUGGUGGUAUAGGUGGAGGAGGCGGUCUUGGAAUGGCAGUUAAAAUGGAACCACAGCCCGUCGUUUAUACACCUCAAUCACAUUAUCCGACCGCAAGCAUGCCUCUUCAGCAGUCACUUCAUAAUCCCGAAGUAGUGAUCAAGAAUGAGGAUGGUGAAAAGAGUCUUGCAGUUCUAUCAAAUAUGCCACAAAUAGCGUACUGUCCUACGCUCCAUUCGGCACCAGCGAUGAUGAUGAAGUGUUCAGCAGAUGCAGUGAACGGUCACAUAUCAGGAACCACUGAAUUAUUUUCGUCAACAUUCGCGAUGCUCUCCGGCGAUAACGCUGUACCGGACGCUGAUUGGUCCUCAUCAUCAUAUCGUCCAGAGAAGCCACUCUACCAACCCAAUGAAACAUACACUUAUUCCACUAAUAAUAAUAACAACAGUAAUAAUCAAGUUCCUCUUCAAGCCACAAAUCCUGUGUACUCAAAUCAACCCGUUCAAGUCCUUCAGACAACAUUUCCUCAGCAACAACUGCAGCAACAGCAAAACUAUCAAAUAGUAACAUAUACGAAUGGAAUGGUGCAAGCGAAUGCUGAGAAUGUCACCGAUUUGCAACGAGUCGAGAAUAUCGUCGAUGCGGAUGAAGAACGCAAAAAGGAAGAGGAGAAGAAGGCGAAACGGAAAGAAAAACAUCGUUUCACUCAAGAGUUCCAUACCAUAUCGUUUCGAGAAGUCGCCGAAAUACCGCUGUCGUCAAGUUGCUCAGGUCGUGAUACUCCAGGUGCUGACGGUGAGAGCGAAGGCGAUGAGCGCGUGAUGUGCAUGGCAUGUCGAGGUGUGUAUCCGUCAAGGCGCUCGUUAACCGGUCAUAUUGGUCGCAAUGAGAAGUGCAGAGAGAUUAUCGGGCGAAGUUAUUUGGGUCAUCUGAGUGGUGUGGCGAAAGAAUCGUUAACUGGAAUGUCAGGUUCACCUUCAGCUCAAGACUCACUCAGUCCAAUCUGCCCCUACUGUGAUCGAUUCAUCAGUCAUUACAAGGGAAAUAUUCGAAGGCAUGUAAAUCAAUGUAUGAAAUGUAUAAAACCGAGAAGGAAAAGAUCAAAUCGAAAAACAUCGUCAUCCUCAUCAACGCCACAAUCGUCCGUCGACUAUCUGGGCGAUGGCUCGGACUAUAUCCCAGGCGGCAGUCAAAGUAACGACGCGUUCUACGACGGUUACCAACCACACGCCUUAUCGAAUCAAGAGUGGAUGAAUGGUUUCGACUCUACCAGUAGCCCACCAGUUCAUUCGAAUCAGUUGGAUAAUUCGGAGACCAAGGGUCCUGAUGAUCCGUAUUUAUGUUCGUUGUGCGAUUUCGCCACUCUCUAUAAGGGUAAUAUGAAACGACAUCUCAGCACAUGUCAUAGCUUGGCGGAUGAGGAAUUACAAGACUGUGGAAUCGAUAGUCUCAGAGCGAGUCGUUGCGCUGAAAAUGCUGAACUGCACAAUAGAGCGUGCAAGGGUCGGCGUACAAAGGCUGUUUUGGAUGCUUAUGAUGGCCGAAAAAGACCUAAAAUGAAUAAUGAUGAAGCAAUGAAGAACACUGAAUCUGCGUCCAAUACGAAUAAUACCGAUACUAAUCACGACCAGUUCACUGCUUCGUCAGUUCAGUUAAGUGAUGCUCAGUCAAACGAUUCAUCAACGACGAAUAGUAAUAAUUGUGUUGAAUUAUCGAUAGGCACUGAAGAUUCAGCUCAGCUAAAAUCGCCAACAAACGGCAAUUUAGCGCAAACACAAAUGCCAUCUUCUACUGAAGUGAAUGACACCAAUGCUCAGCAGCAACAACAACUACUGCCAGUGAAAAUUGAACAGAAUUCGAGUGAGAGUCAAAGUGAAAGCGAUCGAAAAACAAUCAAAGCAAGUUACAUCGAAGAUAUUGUCAACGCCGUUGCAGCUAAUCAAAUUGGUAGUGUUACAGUGCGGAAAGCUGAUAUUGUGGGUAUGGCCGCAGCAGGUGCGGCACGAACUGCAGCAGUAGCUGCUGCUGCAGCCAACGGAACUCCAAUACCAACACCACAACGACGGGGUCGUGCGCCGAAGAAAGUGCAAAAUAUGGAUGAGGUUCGUGACUAUUGGGAAACUGAACGGAUGAAUUCGGGUGGCGUCUUGCCACUGUCUUCAACAUACAACGGCCGACCACGGGGCACUCAUUACGCAGCAUUCGGUUCUACGUUUAUGACGGGCAAUGGAGCGCCAGCGAACCAGCAUUAA